AUGCCCAUAUCAUUAGAAAUGUCCUCCUUCGAUGAAAUCUCUUUGGCCUCACAUGGUAUACAUAUGGUAGCUCCUACUAGAGCAUUGCCCCAAUCUCCGCCAUCUAAAUCCUGUUAUGAGAGUAUUAAAAAGAAAGUUUUUCGAUUCGUUCAAUCUGCCUUCCCGAGCGGUGGAAACCUUGAGAUAACUCUUGGUGUUCCUACAAGACUUGUGAUGUUGGCUCUAGUAGUGUUCUACUCUUCCAGUCUGUAUUUUGAGAUAGAAAUGGAAGAUCUUUUCAUCGAUUAUCAUCAUUUGCUCGACGUUCAUCUGAAGCGAUUCCUAUCAUUUGUGACAAUUAAUCUGAUGAUCAUCUCAAUGGUUUUCCAUCUGCCAUAUCUGUUAUUACCCAUGAUUGCAUACGACAUGUUUAUGAUGUUAGUUUCAAUUCUUUCACUUCUCUGCUAUUCCGCUCCAGUCUUUGGCUAUGGAGACUCGCGAUUCUAUGUUCCUCCAUUCUACUUCACUUUAUUUUUUACUUCUGCUCGCAUGCUUAACAGUUGUUUUCAAAUAAGAAUUUUCUUUUUCUUAAAAUCGUAUGGAGUCAAGACGUUCUCUAAAACUGGGUAA